AUGCGUGCGACUGGGGAGAAUAGGGGAAUUGUGAAGGUCGAAGGUGUGAUGUAUGAUCACUCCAGGAACUGGACCGGAUUUGGGUCGAGCUCAGGGGGUUUCAAGCCAGCUCGUGUAGAAGCCAUCAUGGAGGCUGGUUCAAAGUCGUUCAGUGAAAGAUAUGCUCUGCUGGAGCUGCAAUUCGAAGGCAUCACAGAAGACUGGCGCUCGGACUGUGUGAUUUCAGGUCUUGGCAUGGACAGGAAUGAACAGAGACUGCGCACAUCAUCCUCUAAACCAGACGAUAGCUAUCCUGUGACCUUCAUCAUCAUCACUAUCGAUCAUCAGCACCACACAAUUCUCUUCUCUGCUACUCCCGCAAGCUUUGACUCUCGACCUACUUCAACCUCAUUCAACACACACUCAACACAACCAUUCAAAGCCUUUGCAUACCAGACACCACCUCUCACAACUCACCAUCACACCUCUACAAUGCUCACAUUCGUGGGCUUCCCCCACAUGUUCCACACAGCAUACCCUCCUCACGAUGUCAUCCACCCCCUCCCUCCUCCCUCGACAGCGCCCACCCCCUCCACCGCACCGCCAUCUCUCCUCUCACCAUACUACUCCUCCUCCAACAACGAGGACGAAGACGGAGACCAAGACCGGGACGGAGAAGGAGAGGAAGAGGAAGAAGAAGAAGAAUACUUCCGCCGCUUGGCAGCCGUGCUGCCCCCUGGUCCCCCAUUCCGCCCUACAAGCUCCCAGCAUGCAAGGGCCCGCGUUACUUGGGCCAAGUGGAUGCUCAAGCGGGGUCUGCGUACCCUGGGAUACGCGCUGGCGGAUGGGCUGGUGUGGGUUGGAGGUUUGCUCUGGGUUGGUCUGAGGGCUGUUUGA